UCAUACUCAGUCAAUGUUGUCACCCGCGGCCAUCGUUCGCUCGUCGAGUUGGCGUGAAACCCGUCUGUAGAGUGAAGGAUGUCAUCAUAUCCCUCGGCUUCAUCCAGAGAACACACCUGCGACCCCGGUGGGGUGAUUCUGAGCCAAGGUGGAUGCUUGACCAUCGACCACGGGCAGGUGUUGUUACCUGAGCUCGGUCUGAUGGAGAUGUCCGAGGUUGAAUACACGCACCUUCAGCACCUCAUCCAGGCCCACAUGGAGGCCCACGUUGCCCCUCCAGACCUGCAUGCUUCCAGAUCUCACCCUGCUACAGUGAUGGUAAAAGACGCCACUGGAUCCGCAGUGAUCUCCCCCGCCAUGGGCACCCAAGCUAUUGACCUAUCCACUUCAACCGAUGACCACUGCCUGGUGAUGCCAGGAGAACGGACGCCAGCUUCUCACGGCGAGGUCCCUGGUUUUGUGCUGGCCAGAGUCCGAGGUGAGGACAGCCCGACUGAACUACGACCCAACGGCAGCGCAUCUUCACAGAUGAGAUCCAGAUCGGCUGCCAGAGUUUGCUUGGAGAAAAGGUUCAAUACCCUGUGCGCUGACACCCCAAGACAGCAAGAUAUUCAGUCUGCAGUUCUCAGCAAUUUUUUGACAAUACUUCAGCAGUCUGCAGAGGCUCAAGAGGCAGUCAUACACCCUCAGAUGCAUAAGUGGAUGAAAACUGACAGAGCGAAUCCUUUUGAGGUUUCCAGCCCAUAUGCAGGGGGGGUAUUUAACCCAGUCACCAACAUGUGUGAACAAGUGAUCGGCCAUAUCCCUCACAUGGUGGAACAUAACAAGCAUCAUAGUUUAAUCAUCCCCAAGAGUUUCUCAUUUAAUUUCCACCCGGAAAGGGUUGUUACGAAAGCUCACUAUACAAGUGGCAGAAACUCAGCAGAGGAGCAGCAGUUGAACAUAGGAAAUGAUUUGGCCACAGCAGCUGCCUUCAGGAAGCAUGGCAUCACACACAGCUCGCAACCCAGCAAGGCUGCCUCGGCUGCCCCAGACUCAGCUGGAGAAUCGGGGAGCAGCAUCUCGAGAAGAGUUCGAUCAAAUAUGUCACUUAUCCAGCGCAGGGAGAGACACAACAGUAAGGAGAGGGAACGCAGGAAGAGGAUUCGUUUGUACUGCGAUGAGCUGAACAUGCUGGUGCCGUUCUGUGACUCGGACACAGACAAAGUCACCACCCUGCAGUGGACCACCGCCUUCCUCAGAUACAUCAAGAAAACAUAUGGUGACACCUUCACAGAAGAGUUCCAGAAGGCAUUCGCUGAUGGGAAAGGACACUUUCUUAAAUCUGGCCCUUCUUCAGGCUCGGACCCAAUCCACCGGGAGAUGGAUGAGACACUGUGCAUCCCUCUGGCGGUAGAGCAAUGA